AUGUCUAGAGACAUCAAAACCUGCUGCCCAAAACCCACUACCUGAAGCACGUACGGGGAGGUGUCUAGUGGUGCUUCUCUGUGCCAUGCGUGGACUGUCCUCCUAAGCUGGUCCUGUGCUCUGAAGGGCCAAAUGUCCUUGGACCAUCUUUGGCUGACGCUUCUGUUUUGUAUACACCAUACAGUGCAUUUGAGUAGCUCUCGGUGUUGUACUUCAGUUCCAUUUUAUACUAAUCCCUCAUCCCCCGUUACUGUCUGAUGCUCUGGACAGAUUCUCUACAAUAUUUAAUCUCUACCUACAUACUGUUCCAUUAGACUCUCUGCAAAAUAAGAAAGCUCUGACACAGUCUGUUCUAAUCCUUGCCUGUGGGUGUAUGUUCCUGUCCUGGCAUCCUGGUUGUGUUUUCUUGAACUCUUGCUUUGUCUCCAAGCCAAGAUGUUCAGCUGCUCCUGCUCCAGGGGGUUUUGGAUUCUCCCUUUGGUUAAGGUGUACAGCACACCCACCAGCAUUUUGUACACAGAGGCAGUCUCUGUUCUGUCUGCACUCAGAGCCUUGCCCUAUUCCACCAGUGCUUUGCAAGGAACUGUGCUCUGCUGCUGUCAGAAAUGCCCUCUGUUGCGCUUUCACCAUGGACCUGCUCUGUGGUAGUGUCUUCCUAUCCUCUUUCAAUAAAGUAAGGCCUUGUAAAAUAAAAAAAAAAUCAAGCUGAUGGCAAACUCAGCCAAUAAAUCAGUGAUCCUAAAACCUGCCGCAGAUCAUCACUGAGAUACUGGGUGAUCCUCUCAAAGCCCUGGUUUACACUAGGACUUUAGGUCGAAUUUAGCAGCGUUAAAUCGAUUUAAACCUGCACCCGUCCACACAAUGAAGCCCUUUAUUUCGACUUAAAGGGCUCUUAAAAUCGAUUUCCUUACUCCACCCCUGACAAGUGGAUUAGCGCUUAAAUCGACGUUGCCGGCUCGAAUUUGGGGUACUGUGGACACAAUUCGAUGGUAUUGGCCUCCGGGAGCUAUCCCAGAGUGCUCCAUUCUGACCGCCCUGGACAGCGCUCUCAACUCAGAUGCACUGGCCAGGUAGACAGGAAAAGAACCGCAAACUUUUGAAUCUCAUUUCCUGUUUGGCCAGCGUGGCAAGCUGCAGGUGACCAUGCAGAGCUCAUCAGCACAGGUGACCAUGAUGGAGUCCCAGAAUCGCAAAAGAGCUCCAGCAUGGACUGAACGGGAGGUACGGGAUCUGAUCGCUGUUUGGGGAGAGGAAUCCGUGCUAUCAGAACUCCGUUCCAGUUUUCGAAAUGCCAAAACCUUUCUGAAAAUCUCCCAGGGCAUGAAGGACAGAGGCCAUAACAGGGACCCGAAGCAGUGCCGCGUGAAACUGAAGGAGCUGAGGCAAGCCUACCAGAAAACCAGAGAGGCGAACAGCCGCUCUGGGUCAGAGCCCCAAACAUGCCGCUUCUAUGAUGAGCUGCAUGCCAUUUUAGGGGGUUCAGCCACCACUACCCCAGCCGUGUUGUUUGACUCCUUCAAUGGAGAUGGAGGCAAUACGGAAGUAGGUUUUGGGGACAAAGAAGAUGAUGAUGAUGAGGAGGUUGUAGAUAGCUCACAGCAAGCAAGUGGAGAAAUCGGUUUUCCCGACAGCCAGGAACUGUUUCUCACCCUAGACCUGGAGCCAGUACCCCCCGAACCCACCCAAGGCUGCCUCCUGGACCCAGCAGGCGGAGAAGGGACCUCUGCUGCAUGUGUUUCAAUGAUCACAGGAUCUUCUCCUUCCCAGAGGCUAGUGAAGCUUAGAAAGAAAAAAAACGCACUCACGAUGAAAUGUUCUCCGAGCUCAUGCUGUCCUCCCACACUGACAGAGCACAGACGAAUGCGUGGAGGCAAAUAAUGUCAGAGUGCAGGAAAGCACAAAAUGACCGGGAGGAGAGGUGGAGGGCUGAAGAGAGUAAGUGGCGGGCUGAAGAGAGUAAGUGGCGGGCUGAAGACAGGGCUGAAGCUCAAAUGUGGCGGCAGCGUGAUGAGAGGAGGCAGGAUUCAAUGCUGAGGCUGCUGCAGGACCAAACCAGUAUGCUCCAGUGUAUGGUUGAGCUGCAGCAAAGGCAGCUGGAGCACAGACUGCCACUGCUGCCCCUCUGUAACCAACCGCCCUCCUCCCCAAGUUCCAUAGUCUCCACACCCAGACGCCCAAGAACGUGGUGGGGGGGCCUCCGGCCAACCAGCCACUCCACCACAGAGGAUUG